AAGAGCAUGUUCCGGAUCCCUUGGAAACACGCUGGCAAACAGGAUUACAACCAGGAAGUGGACGCCUCCAUCUUCAAGAGGCUCCAAGAGGAGAAGUGACUUGUCCAAGAUCUCCCAGCUCUUGGAUGAUGGAGGCAGUGUUUGAACCCAGGCAUCCCAGUCGUGAGCCCAGGCUCCCAACCCCUAGCCGUACCCAUCACCUAGAUUCAGGCAGAAGAGCCAGGGCAUCCCAGCUCUGCAGCCCAGCCGGCUCAUCAGGAUCCCCCAUCGGUCAUCAGGGCCACAGAAGUGUGGGCUCCACCCCUUGGGAGAUUUGGAGCCCUAGGUCCAAGGCCUGGGCCGUUUUUAAAGGGAAGUUUAAGGAAGGGGACAAGGCCGAGCCGGCCACAUGGAAGACGAGGUUACGCUGUGCUUUGAACAAGAGCCCGGAUUUUGAGGAAGUGACAGACCGGUCCCAGCUGGACAUUUCUGAACCGUAUAAAGUUUACCGAAUCGUCCCCGAGGAGGAGCAAAAAUGCAAAUUAGGCGUGGUGGCUCCCGGCUGCAUUAGUGAAGCCACAGAGAUGGAGUGCGGUCGCUCCGAAAUCGACGAGCUGAUCAAGGAGCCUCCCGUGGACGAUUACAUGGGGCUGGUCAAACGGAGCCCCUCCCCGCCCGAGGCCUGCAGGAGUCAGCUCCUCCCGGACUGGUGGGUGCAGCAGCCCGGCGCAGCAGGCCUGCCGCUGGUGCCAGGGUACAGCACCUACGACGCGCACCACGCAGCCUUCUCCCAGAUGGUCAUCAGCUUCUACUACGGGGGCAGGCUGGUGGGCCAGAGCACCACCACGUGCCCCGAGGGCUGCCGCCUGUCCCUGGGCCAGCCCGGCCUGCCCGGCGGCAGGCUGUGUGGGCCCGAGGGCCUGGAGCUGGUGCGCUUCCCGCCGGCCGACGCCAUCCCCAGUGAGCGGCAGCGGCAGGUGACUCGGAAGCUGUUCGGGCACCUGGAGCGCGGCGUCCUCCUGCACAGCAGCCGGCAGGGCGUGCUGGUCAAGCGGCUGUGCCAGGGCCGCGUGUUCUACAGCGGCAACGCCGCGGCGGGCAGGGGCGGCCCCAACAAGCUGGAGCGCGACGAGGUGGUCAAGGUCUUCGACACCAGCCAGUUCUUCCGAGAGCUGCAGCAGUUCUACAACAGCCAGAGCCGGCUUCCCGACAGCAGGGUGGUGCUGUGCUUCGGAGAGGAGUUUCCAGAUAUGACCCCCUUGCGCUCCAAGCUCAUUCUCGUGCAGAUCGAGCAGCUCUACGUCCGACAGCUGGUGGAAGAGGCUGGGAAGAGCUGCAGUGCCGGCUCCAUGAUGCAGGCCCCCGAGGAGCCCCCGCCAGACCAGGUCUUCCGCGUGUUUCCAGAUGUUUGUGCCUCACACCAGAGACCUUUUUUCAGAGAAAACCAGCAGAUCACAGUUUAAGUCUCUCUCUCGGGCACCCCGCCCCGCCCACAUCUAGAAUCUCAUUAUUACAAUUACUGUCGUAAUUAUUUAAGGAUGUGGAUCCCUCUGACCUGGGGUGGAAGGCUUUCCCCUGCUCUUCAUUUAGUAAGGGCGUCCUCUGAGUACUUGACAGGGAAAGAGAGCUGUGCCCCACUUCUACCGUUCAGAUGUAAGCAUCGAAACUCGCACCAAAUGCUCUGGAGGCUGUAACUGUAACUUGUGAUUAAAACAUUUAUUUCCUGCAUCCUCCCCUAAUUACCAUUAGUUGCUAUGAUUCUUUCAGUAUUUGGAGAUACUUGAUAUUUCCAAAGACCUGGCGUUCAAUUUUAUUAGCAAAUAGCUGUUUCCAGAACAGAAAUCUGGAGUAGAAGAUCAAUUUUGUUUUUAACUUUGGUUAGAGCUAUAGAGUUAUGAUUUCAUAUGCUUGAUUCAGUGAAGUGUCUUCUUUUAAGCAUGUUAAUAAGAUUUAAAGACACCUGGAUACCAGCCUUCCUUUAAUAAGUGAAAGCAAAACUCCUGGGUUUUUAGAAGAACGCACUGUCUUCCUAGAAUUUGGUGCCAGGAGAGCAUUUCCAUUGCCAGGUGAACUGGUGUGUUUUCAUCUUCAGACAAUGAAAACUUUCCUUUUGGGCCUUUGUUGCCAGGAAGCCUAGAGCUAAAUUUAUUUUUUUUAUUUCUGUAAUUAAAUCAUCUGACAUACCUCUCUCUUCUUCGUUCUAAAUGGUUUUGACCUGUUUUUAAAAUAUUUGUACUUUUAAUUGCCCUUUUUAAGUUAAUUGUCCUAUUGUAAACUGCCUUGAAUCUUUUUUUUUUUUUUUUUAUAAAGUGGGCAGGAUAUAAACCACAAGUUCAAAAAAUAAUUGUGGAUGGCACCAGCUUUUUGAUCGUGGCUUUGAUUCAGUCAACCCAUUCGUGGGCCAGCGAUGUGGAACAUGGGAGGGCAGCUGGAGUGGAUUGGGGAACACUGGGUGAGAUAUGUCAGCUUCUCACCACUACGCUGGUCCCCUAGCCCCAGUACUCCUUGCAGUCAGAGAUGACCCCACUCAGUGUGGAGAAAA